AUGACAGUACCUGUUGGUGAGCGACAGCGGUACGUAUACAAUAUGGUGGAGUGUGUUACUUGCUUCAACCUUGAUGCAGAUUGUCCUAAGAAUGUGACUGUACUAGUGAACAAUGGAAAUAAGCGUGCGGUAGUGAAAGGAAGCACUGUUAGUUUGUCUUGUGAAAGUGAUGGAAAUCCACCAGUAACAUUUCAAUGGUUUAGAGUUUCUGGAAGUACGCAUACCAAAAUAAGCACUUCAAAAGUCCUCACACUUCAGAAUAUAACACAAGAUUUUAAGCUCUAUUACUGUCAAGCAAAGAACACCAUUGGAAGUUCUAACUCAGAGCUCAUUCAACUUGAUGUGCAAUAUUGUCCUAAGAAUGUGACUGUACUAGUGAACAAUGGAAAUAAUCGUGCGGUAGCGAAAGGAAGCACUGUUAGUUUGUCUUGUGAAAGUGAUGGAAAUCCACCAGUAAUAUUUCAGUGGUUUAGAGUUUCUGGAAAUACGCAUACCAAAAUAAGCCCUUCAAAAGUCCUCACACUUCAGAAUAUAACACAAGAUUUUAAGCUCUAUUACUGUCAAGCAAAGAACACCAUUGGAAGUUCUAACUCAGAGCUCAUUCAACUUGAUGUGCAAUUUAAACCAACUAUUUUACCUGGGUCCAACUGUUCCUAUACUGAAACAAAUGUCACCUGCCAGUGCAUGGCCAAUGCCAACCCUUUGCCUAAAGCUGAUUGGAUAGUUGGAGGUCAGAACAUUACAAACCUUGACCAUUUCUUCAGCGUGUCUUCUGUCAUCUUAUGUCAAAAAUUUACAAGUAUUCUGAUGGGAAAAUUGGACUCUGAAGUCAAUAUUGCAUGUGUCAUGACUAACAUACAUGGGAGUACAGCAUUAGAGUUCUACACUGUUAAAGUCCAUUACCAAAGGAAUAAAACAUUAGACCAACCCUUAUGUUUAGCUAUUGCCUAAACCCUACAAUAGGGGCCCCAGAGGAUCUGUCUAUUUCGGUUCAAAAUGAAUUAGAGAGAGGAAAUAUAACCUAAGACAGUUAUAUGUGCUAGCAGAACCAAAGCAAAAUGUUAAAAACAAUAAAAUAGAAAAUAAACAGGAGAGGAGCUCCAGUAGCACUAGCUCUAGCAUUGGGUACACGGCUGCUGACAAGUUCUCUGCAAAUGUUUAAAUCUAUCGAGUGAAACUUCUUACAGCUACUGUAAUGUUAAAAUUUUUAUUUUGUAACUAUUUUAUUGCUUUUAGCUUUUUGCUGGAAUCUGCUAGCACAUAUAACUGCCUUAGGUUAUAUUUCUUAGCUCUGCACUGUCGGAAACUAUUAGCAUUAUCUAUAUUAACUUGAUUACUAAGCAAAUUACAUUACAAUGGCUGUUUAAUUUCCAGUUAUCCUUCUUUCAGGGAUCCUAGGUGGCAUAAGAGAAAUGAUGUUAUAAUUUUGAGCUGUUCUAAUACAAAUUAUAUUUAAAUCAGUUGAAAAAAAAAUCUGUUAUAUAUUUUAACAGUGUAGUGUGCUACUAUUGGUUAGAGUGUUUGAAAUCAGUUUAAUUUCAUUUACCAGAGGUACACAGAGGUUAGCAACAAGCAAUCAAUCUCCUAUGUUAACUGAAGUAUCGAC